AUGGGAAAGCAGAAUUCGAAGCUUAAACCUUCCGACCUUCAAGAGCUCGUCAGCCAAACACAAUUUACCGAGAAAGAACUACAGGACUGGUAUUCAGGAUUUCUAAAAGACUGCCCCAAAGGAACUUUGACAGUUGACGAGUUCAAGAAGAUUUAUGGUAAUUUUUUCCCUUACGGAGAUGCUGGCAAGUUUGCCGAGCAUGUUUUCAGGACAUUCGACGCGAAUGGCGACAAAUCAAUAGACUUCAAAGAAUUUAUUAUUGCGCUUUCUGUGACGUCCAGGGGAAAUUUGGACGACAAACUCAAGUGGGCAUUCCACAUGUACGACCAGGACGGGGACGAGAUGAUCUCUUACGAUGAAAUGCUCGAGAUCGUCCAGGCAAUCUACAAGAUGGUCGGCACAGUGAUGAAAAUGCCGGACGACGAGGCCACUCCGGAAAAACGCACCGAGAAGAUCUUCAACCAAAUGGACAAAGACAGAAACGGCGUCAUCACAAUGGACGAAUUCAUUGUCGGUGCUAAGGAGCGGAGCUUUCCAUCAUUUAGCUUUGUAAAGACGAGGACGAAGUAA